CCGCCGGUGCCCGGCGCCGCCGGCCGCCAUGGGGGAACAACCUAUCUUCAGCACCCGAGCUCAUGUCUUCCAGAUUGACCCAAACACUAAGAAGAACUGGGUUCCCACCAGCAAGCAUGCUGUUACUGUGUCCUACUUCUAUGACAGCACAAGAAAUGUCUACAGGAUAAUCAGUUUGGAUGGCUCAAAGGCAAUAAUAAACAGCACUAUCACCCCCAACAUGACAUUUACUAAAACAUCCCAGAAGUUUGGCCAAUGGGCAGACAGCAGGGCAAAUACAGUCUAUGGCUUGGGAUUUUCAUCUGAGCAUCAUCUUUCAAAAUUUGCGGAAAAAUUCCAGGAAUUCAAAGAAGCCGCACGGCUAGCAAAGGAAAAAUCACAAGAAAAGAUGGAGCUGACAAGUACACCCUCUCAAGAAUCGGCUGGAGGGGAUAUUCAGUCUCCUUUAACGCCAGAAAGCAUUAACGGGACAGAUGACGAGAGAGCUACGCCAGAAGUGACACAGAAUUCAGAACCAAGGGCUGAACCAACCCAGAAUGCAUUGCCAUUUACCCAUAGUUCGACAAUCAGCAAGCAUUGGGAGGCAGAACUGGCCACGCUCAAGGGUAAUAAUGCUAAGCUCACAGCAGCCCUGCUGGAGUCCACUGCCAAUGUAAAACAAUGGAAACAACAGCUUGCUGCAUAUCAGGAGGAAGCAGAACGUCUUCAUAAGCGCGUGACUGAGCUAGAGUGUGUGAGCAGUCAAGCCAAUGCAGUCCACACACAUAAAACAGAAUUAAAUCAGACAAUACAGGAAUUAGAAUCUACACUGAAGAAGAAAGAAGAGGAAAUCGAAAGAUUGAAACAAGAAAUUGACAAUGCCAGAGAACUCCAGGCACAGAGGGAUUCUUUGACCCAGAAGUUACAGGAAGUAGAAAUUCGAAACAAAGACCUGGAAGGCCAGCUGUCUGACCUAGAGCAACGUCUGGAGAAAAGUCAGAAUGAGCAAGAAGCUUUUCGCAAUAACUUGAAGACACUUUUAGAAAUUCUUGACGGAAAAAUAUUUGAACUAACAGAAUUACGAGAUAACUUGGCCAAGCUAAUAGAAUGCAGCUAAAGAAAAUGGGAUUUCAGUGCCAAUCAGCUUAAAGAUGCACUGUCUCUCUUCGUAGGACUUUGUUGGGCUCUGCAUCAAAGUUGCACAAAAUUAGAAAUGCUCCUCUGAGAGGGUUUGUUUUAAAUUUGAGUCAUAUUUCAAUGUAAAAUUCAGAACUCAGCUUGUAGCUAGCUGAAGAGAAAAAAAGAAACAACAAAAAGCUUGAAUUACAAAUUACCUCCUUGUACUUUAUUGGCCAUAGAUAACUUGAAUGGUAUUAACACUAAUUGAAUGCAAUCCUUUUCUAAUUAUCAGUGAUAGAAGAAUUACCAGUGUCCCAGAUACAUCUGUUUUUUGUGACAGACACAAUAUAGGCCAUCUUCUCUUUUAUUUAUUUAAUAUAUUUAAUUGCUAUGUUUUGUGCAAGAACUUACUGAUGACAGCCCUGUAUUUUGUUGUUAAUAAUUUCUCAGGAUUCUUUGCGCUGUGGAAAAACAGUGCCAUUACCAAUUUAUUCUUGCCAGGAGUGAGAGAAAGUUGCAUCUUUAAUUGAAACAAAGUUCCUAAUUGCUUGUGUGAAGUUAUUCUUUUUGGGUAUUUCAGUUGGUUGGUCAGCUGGUUUUUGUUUGUUCGUUUGUUUUUUUAAUCUAUAUAUAUACUGGGAUAUACCGUAUUUCUUUAUGGAGCUUACUCUGGUGUUCUACAAUAUUGUCCACUGUAAGGUUUACAUUAUCAUAUGAAUUCCUUGUAAUUACAGUGAAAUACUAUUUCCACUAAAUCUGUAUGUUGAAGCCAACCGAUGAUGGCAGGUGAGUCCCCGAGGAAAAAAAGAAAAAAAAGGAAAAAUGAGAAUUUUGAAUGUAAGAUUUGACAUGCACAGAUAACGAGGAGCAGCUGGUCAUUUGCUGUCUGGCCUUGCUACAUAUUUCAAAUACCUAUGUCAAAUUAACUGUUAGCCUGUUCUGCAGGAGACUUUCUCAGAAUGUCACAUGAAUUUCAGAUUUUGUGAAUAAUGGCUUAUGGGGAGCAAUAUUUAUUAAGACUGCAUUAAGGGCAAGAGAUGUUGCAAGGGACUACUUGGACACUGAAAUUGUCCAGCCAAGAAGGGUGUUUGUAAAAUUUUUGCUGUCACAACAAGUUGAAAUGGAGACGUGUUUACUCUCUUAUGGGUCUUCAUAUCACAUCCUUAUUGAAACAACACCAAGCAGUAUU